AUGCGACACUUUUGUCCCUUCGCGCGUGAAGUGACUUCUUCACAGAGAACUUCCUGCACCAUGUUGCGCUGUGCAUUUCGACGCCUCGGUCUCUCCGCUCUGAGAAUCAACAGACCACACCUCUCCACCUACACCCCUCACAGAGACAGAAACAUCCUCCUCAUGGGUCCUCCAGGAGCAGGGAAGACCACCGUGGGCAGAAUCCUCGCUCAUAAACUCGGACUUCCUGCCGUUGACAUCGACGAUGACGUUCUGGAGCCAACCUGGAAGAUGCCUGUCGCUUCUAAACUCGCCUCCGUCGGUGCUCAGAGCUUUCUGGAAGAAGAGGGUAAAGCUUUGUGCAAUCUCUCUGCGUCUGGGUGUGUCGUUUCUCUCACUGGUUCCAACCCGCUGGACAAUCUGGCAAUGAAGCACGUGAAGCAGACUGGGGUCGUGGUUUACUUAGAUGUGGACGUGGAAGACAUUAUGCACAGACUCUCCAGGAUGAAGGUGAACCGCAUCGUGGGUCAGGAGGCAGGGGUCCCAAUGACAGACAUCCUGCAGUAUCGAAAACAGUGUUACGAGAAAUGGUUUGACAUUCGAGUGUUGUGCGGUAAAGGCGAUACGGUCAUAGAAGUCGCAGACAAAGUUUUAUCUGCUCUGGAGCGGUACGACAACGAAGAGACUUUUAUAUCAACACGGAACCAGGACGUGUCCAAGAGCGUGCAUUUCAGCGACGCUGUGGUUGACGGUUUGGCCAAAGACGGCGGCCUCUACGUGCCCAGACACGGAUUCCCCAAAAUGGAAGCCAACGAGUGGGUGCGGCUGGUGCAAAUGCCGUACCAAGAGCGCGCUUCGGUGCUGCUGGAGAAGUGCGUCCACCCAAGCAAUGUCUCGGCGCUGGAUUUGAAAGCGAUGGUGACCAAAGCGUACGGCUCGACCUUCACCAGUGACGAGGUGGCGCCCGUGAGGCACCUGGUGGACCAUCUGUACGUCCAGGAGCUGUUCCACGGUCCCACGGCCUCCUUCAAAGACCUGGCGCUGCAGCUCAUGCCUCAGAUGUUCGCCCACUGCCUCCCGCCCAUGUGCAACUUCCUUAUCCUGGUGGCCACCUCCGGAGACACGGGCAGCGCGGUGCUCAGUGGGUUCAACGCGCUGCAGGAGGUGCAUCAGCACAAGACCGGGGUGUUAGUGUUUUUCCCCAGAGACGGAGUGAGCGAGAUCCAGAGGAGACAGAUGACGGCGGAGUGGGAGGGGAACGUGAGGGCCGUCAGUGUGAAAUCAGACUUUGAUUUCUGCCAGAGGAGCAUCAAGCAGAUGUUCAGGACGCCGGAGCUGACGGGGCAUCUGGCUGUAGAGUACGGGACGCUCCUCAGCACCGCCAACUCCAUCAACUGGGCUCGGCUUCUGCCACAGGUCGUCUACCACGCCUCCUCUUAUCUGGACCUCUGUCGUUGCGGCGUCAUAAGUUUCGGCGAUCCCGCAGACGUCUGCAUCCCCACCGGAAACUUUGGGAGCGCCAUGUCCGCGCUGUACGCCAAGAGCAUGGGCCUCCCGCUCCGGAGAGUCAUCUGUGCCUCCAACCACAACCGCAUCAUCCCCGACUUCCUGUCCACGGGAACCUACAGCCUCCAGGGACGGCCGCUCCUGCCCUCGGCCUCCCCCGCCAUCGACAUCCUCAGAUCCUCCAACCUGGAGAGACUCCUCCACCACGCCUCGGACGGAGACGGCCAUCUUGUCGCAGAGCUGUUCGCUUCUCUAGACGCACGACAACACUUCAGCGUGACGCCAGAACUCCUCGCCACGAUUCGAGAACAGGUGUGGUCCGGGAGCUGCUCUGAAAGCCAGUGUCUGUCCACCAUCCGCUCUGUGUUCGAUCAGACCGGAUACUUACUGGACACUCACACCGCGGCGGCCAAGUCUGUGGGGGACCGGCUGCACGAUGGCGACUGCCCGCUGGUCAUCUGCUCCACGGCGCACUACGGGAAGUUCGCUCCCGCCGUGCUCCAGGCCCUGGGGGUGCAGAGUGUUCCAGAAGACCCCCAGGAGCAGCUGCAGCGGCUGGAGCGAGUGGCCAAAGAGCCGCCGAUGCACAGGGACCUGGUCACGUGUCUGCAGCAGGAGAGAGAGCCAGGCCAGAGCGGGUGUGAGGCAGACUAUGGGGAGAUGGUGGAGCAGGUGGAGGACAUGGUUCAGGAUUCAUUCUUGAAAGUGGCCUAA